AUAUAUUAGAGGUUGCUGCUCUUGCUUCCACAUCUGUUAGAGAUGGAGAUGACGUGAGACAAUCUACUUCACCGAACAACAGCUGCACUCGGAAGUUUGGAGAACGAAAAGACACGAAAAAUAGCGAGGAUGUGCGUAGUGCCAUGUUGAGAAACUCGGUUCGUAAGCGUUUGAUCCGAGUUCCAGACACGAAAAUUGAGGACUUCGUCUUCAAUCAGGGGGAUUACAAGAACGUUAUUGUUGUGGGGAAGCAUCUGUGCGGACCUGGUACCGAUGCAGCGAUACGCUUUAUGGAAAGGCAGACGACUGACAGAAUACAGGGAUGUGUUUUUGCAACCUGUUGUUUCAACAAAAUAACCGGCCAGACGUUUGCAAAAUGCUUCUACCCAGAGUACUUUUCUGAAAGAGCAUGGACGUCUUCAGAGGUCUGCGAACCUGUGGAGAGAACCGGCACUACAGGUAAGGUGGAACAGGGCCAUAGCGACAAGUCCACCAGUACUACCAGCACUAGGGUGCUAGAUGGUCCAUCUUCGAGCGACCACCCGGCCUCUUUUUCGCCUUCGUUCACCUCAACAAUAAAAGCGAAUAAAGUUGGUCAAAUCCGGCAGCAGGAAAGCAGUAAGCAUCGGAAAAACUACGAAACAUCGUCUUUGUCGUCUCCAGAACAUUUGGACUCUCCCACUACCACAAGUUCAUCUUCAUCAUCGCCACGUCAACCGCUACCGCAGUCAGUAGAACAAACAGCUGAACAAGCAGCGCUUAAUGAUACAACUCAGCUGCAUCACGCACAACAUGAAGAUGAAGCACAGGAGUCGUCUGCGGAGAUGCUAGCCAUAUCUUCUCUUGCCAAAAUGACGUCCUGGCGCAAUACUGAGUUGACGGACAAUAGUCUGAUUACGCCAGCUAUGCUGCGGGAAGCCGAGUACUUCGAGUCCUGGAUGCAGCAAUAUCGAAAACGGAAACUCGCGACCAUUUUUCAGAGCAGAAGGAACGUAGACGAGCUCCUAUACUGCCAUUCAGGCGCUCACUCGCAGCAAAACCGAUGCCUGGUUGCGUGGCGUGGAGCAGUCGAUGAAGAAAACGGAGAUCAUGAGAUCCUUGAAGACUUCGACGGUCUUCAAGACCGUCGACAGCACGGAGAUCCUAGGAGUAUAGUACAACUAGGGAAGGCAUUAGAACUAGAAGGUGAAAAAAGAGGAUCAUCAUUUUCAACAGCACCUCUGGAGGUAGUUUCAAACUCAACGUCCUCGUCUUCGACUUUUUCCUCAAGAACGCAGCAAAGGCUCAUUGCUGAGUUCUGGGCCUGCUUCCGAGAGCGAGUGGACAGGUACAAGCCGCUUUUACCCGUGGACCUGAGACCGGUUGGACUGGUUUCCUCGAAGUACGGCUUUGAUGGUCGAAAUCUGGUCAGAAAUAAACCUCCGUUUCAGCCCACGCUGGAAAGCAUACCUUGGAACGCAAAGGAAGAGGAAGACGAGGCAGAAAAAGAUUGACUUUGACGUCGCCUGAAAGUUAAUAGCAAGCAGGAUUAGAUUCUUUCACCUGAAAAUAAAUGGCUUCCCGGCCCAACAAGUACCUAACGCAAUAUCGCUCAAAAAGCUCAGGUUGCUAAACUUUUACUCCUGAGUGUGGCUUUGAUCAAAACGUAUGAUUU